UAAAGGGAAAUCAUUUGGGUGAAUUGGAUGGUGCUUAGGUUGGUCUCGCAAAACGAGGCUCGCGGCAAUCGCUGUUGAUAGCAACUUGCACUUGUAUGUCACAACACUUCCAAAAAUAAAAACAAUAUCCAUUCAUCAUCAGGCUCGGAGCCGUUGUCUCCAAGGAAAAAGUCGGUCCCAGUUUUGAGUGUGGAUUUGAUUUACUUUGCGUAUUGUUUCCCAGAAAUAAGGAAAAGAAAAGCCUCACCGAAAAACUCCGCUCAAGGUCGCCCUUCGACCAAGGAUUAUGUUAUCAUACACACGGAUACAGUGAUUGUUCAAGGACUCGGUCAAAACGUCAACGUUAGGAUAUUUGACAACUGCUGCUGGCCACCCUCUGGAAGAAUGUGGAGUGUCCUUGGACUUUUGGGGAAAACGAUAUAAAAAGAAACUGUGUUUGUGCGUUGGUGGGUGACUGGAAUCGAUCUCUUGGGGUAACGAACGUUUGGAAAACACGCGAAGCUCCGCACGCUAUGCUAAUCGGUCCAGCAGCAGCAGCAGCAACACAGUAUCGAUGUGAUCGUCUCAGCCUACUACUUAGGAGUAUACCUAUCCGCACGUCAAUUGGAGUAGACGUAAAGGAUUAGCAGCAAACAGCAAGCAACACAUCGAAGAGCAAACGUUGUUACCACAUUGAAACUUUGCCUACUUCGAUCAAGGAAGUGGUUCGAAGCAAUUUGUUAAAGAAUUUCGUCGGUCGUUUGGACGGAUGGUUAACAUCAGCAGUAGUGGCAGCGUGUGUGGAGUAUUGCGAUUUUUUGGCUCGUGCUCGAGACACAUAUAGCGAGGCGGCACACUGAUUGAGGCAUACCAGCAUCAUAAUACCAUCAGGUAGAAACAGGACCAGGAAGUGUCAACCCGACAGCAGAUAGGGGGAUCGAUUCAACAGUUGAAAAACUAUGUAUGUUCCUGGGGUAGUUGAACAGUGCUAGUGAAGUGUGGUGCGACGUAGAUGAAAUAAACCGCAGCUUUGGAAUGAAAUCCUAAAGCACCGAAAUAAAAACCAACAGAAAGUUGGCCGUAUCAGGAAUUUGACAUUGAACGUGAAAUUGUCCACGAAGGAGUGUGGUCGAACGGAACAGGUUGAACGGUAGGGAAGGAAGAAACGUGGUUGGUGGGCAUCCAAAAUCGUAGGUUUAUGGUUAGUUUGUGUAUGUAUUGGGAAAAUGAGCGCGCAGGAGGCCUUGAAUCCUUGAUGGUGACUCUGAAGGAUACGUCCAAGGCCUAACGUCAUAGCAACCGAACUUGUGCAAGGCCAAUUGAGUGGCUUGUUUUCCGGCUCCGAACGAGUGAGUGGCCUCUUGCACAAUCACGCACGCUUUCCCGAUGAAGGCAACAGAGUGUGGAAUUGAUGAUUAAGGAAAAGGAUCAAAAGCCCUAAUGCCACAGUUUAUCGUCAGCGAAAAGCCAACGUAAUCGAGAAGUAAGCGCCAUCGAGUGCUCGCUGUUACUGUGUGUCACGACUUUCCCGACUGAGCGUCUCUAAGUGUGUGUGAGUGUGGGUUGGUGGGUGAGUGAGUGGCGAUGGGAGAGAACCACUCAGCAACAGCAGUGACACACAUCGUUGUGUUAUGCGGGUUUCCGUUCUACAUGUUUGCUCCAUAAACCCCACGUUGACUGGCGCUGAGUUCAGUGUGUUUAUGUGCUAGUCUCUUAUUUUUGUGUUUUAAUGCGUGAUUUACAAGUCAACAACAUUCUCCCCUGACAUCCAAAAGUGGUCGAAUGGCGUUUUCGGUGUAUUGGUGAGCUCGAACACAAACGCAGUUGGCGACGGACGGGCAGAUCUUAUUUUGAGUUUCCGAAAAUAUUGACCUUGAACUCGUGCGCUCGGUUCGCACAUCAUCAUAGUAGGCAGGCCAGUAGGGAGAAGAAGGAAAAACAAGAGCGCACACAGAAUAUGGUGGUGAAAAUAUUCGAUUUAUCCGUGCCUACUGCAAUGUGGUGGUAAGCGACGUGAGAAAAAAUUUCCGCCUGCCAUCAUCAUAAUAUAGAGCACCUCUAAUGUGAGUGUUAUUUGAACUAUUUUUUGGCAAUUCGCGACACCGAGAGGCCAAGUUCAGCCUCUUUCAAUGUCAAAAUGCAGCUAAUUUAUCAAUAAUUUUGGCGCGGGUAUGGCGUAUCACGACGUGUGAAAAAGUGUUCUGUGAGUGGUCAGUGUUUUGUGUGACUUCUGGGAAAUUCUAAAGAAGAAAACAAGCUAUAAAAUGCAAUGCAUGAACAAGCUGGACGAAAAGGAUUCGCUGGAGAUAAGAACAUUUGUCAUUGGUGACAAUCAAAGAAUUAUGUAUUCACCACGCAGCAAUGGUGGGGGGGAUACGACGAAGAAAACUGUCAAACUGGCCUUAUCAAGUAUGCCGCAUUCGGUACCGACUUCGUCAUCUGCUUUGGUCAUGACCUCGAAUGGUCACGGCCAACAACAAUAUCAACAUCACCAGCAACAGCAGCAACAAUCGGACCGUGCAAGGAUUCAAAUUAUUGCCAAGUCCUCGAGCAAACCGUGCGAAAAUGCGAUUCCCAUUCAGGCCCAGGAAGUGCACGUAAUUCGUGAUGGGCGCUUUUAUGAUCUCCAUCACAACAGCAAUCAUGGGCCUCACCAGCAGCACCAUAGGGAUGACUCACCCCGUCCCCAUCUGUCGGUUUCCCCAAACUCAAGCAGUAGUGGCCUAAUCAUAACUAGUUCCGGUGGACAGCAUCCUCCAUCGUCCAAUACAAUCAUUAUCGAUGGUCCUCCCCCACCGCCUCACGGUUCCAUCAUCUCCAACGCAUCCACCAAACACCACCUCCAGCAUCAUUUGUCCCCACCUACGCCGGCGCUCGUGGUUGUUCAGCAACAUCAGCACCAACAUCAACAACAGCACCACCACGUGACCUCCAUGCAACCUCCGCCACCCCCUCCUCCACUCCAUUCGGGUGGCAAUCAUCAGGGGGUGGCCAAUGGUGGUGCUGGUGCUAGUGGACCAAAUAGUGGUAACGGCCUAAGCGGGGUGGCCAAAAUGAAAAGUGCCCAUGAGGAACCUUCCAGCUCGAUGCCAGAUUUAGAAUUCGACGGCACAACCGUCCUGUGUCGGGUGUGUGGAGAUAAAGCUUCCGGUUUCCAUUACGGCGUGCAUUCUUGUGAAGGUUGCAAGGGUUUCUUCAGGCGCUCGAUUCAGCAGAAAAUUCAGUAUCGCCCUUGUACUAAAAAUCAACAGUGUAGUAUACUACGAAUAAACCGCAAUCGCUGCCAGUAUUGCAGACUGAAAAAAUGUAUCGCCGUUGGAAUGAGUCGCGAUGCGGUCAGAUUUGGCCGGGUGCCGAAGCGGGAAAAGGCGCGCAUCCUCGCGGCGAUGCAGCAGAGCACUCAGAACCGCGGAAAUCAGCGGGCGCUAGCGUCGGAGCUGGACGAUCAGCCGAGGUUGCUGGCCGCCGUGGUGCGCGCCCACAUGGACACGUGCGAGUUCACCCGCGAAAAGGUGACCUCGAUGCGGCAGCGAGCCCGCGACUGUCCCUCCUUCUCGAUGCCAACCCUGGCUUGUCCGUUGAACCCGGCGCCGGAACUGCAAUCGGAGCAGGAGUUCAGCCAACGGUUCGCGCACGUUAUCCGGGGUGUGAUCGAUUUCGCCGGUAUGAUACCCGGCUUCCAGUUGCUGAGCCAGGAUGAUAAGUUCACGCUGCUGAAGGCCGGUCUGUUCGAUGCACUGUUUGUGCGGCUGAUCUGCAUGUUCGAUUCGCAGAUUAACUCGAUCAUCUGCCUGAAUGGGCAGGUGAUGCGCCGGGAUACGAUUCAGAAUGGGGCCAACGCACGCUUCCUGGUCGAUUCGACAUUCAACUUUGCUGAGCGGAUGAACUCGCUGAACUUGACGGAUGCGGAAAUCGGAUUGUUCUGUGCCAUCGUGCUGAUAACGCCGGAUCGGCCCGGUCUGCGUAAUGUCGAGCUCAUCGAACGCAUGUACUCGAAACUGAAGGGUUGUCUGCAGACGAUCAUUUCCCAGAACAGGCCGGAAAAGCCGGAGUUUAUGCAGGAAUUGCUGAGGACGCUUCCUGAUCUGAGAACGUUGAGUACGUUGCAUACCGAGAAGUUGGUUGUGUUCCGUACGGAACAUAAAGAGCUGUUGCGUCAGCAGAUGUGGAAUGCCGAAGAAGAGCUGGCCAAGAGUCCAACUCUGAGUAUCUGGGGCUGUGAUGGCAACAAUGUUGAAGAUGUCGCCAAGAGCCCGAUGGGUUCGGUUUCGAGCACUGAAUCUGCUGAAACUACUUCUGACUAUUCACACUCAACAUCAUCACUGAGUGCUUCGGCACCAUUGCUGGCAGCGACACUAUCCGGUCAGUGCCCGAUUCGUCACCGGGCCAGCUCGGGAUCAUCCGCUGAGGAUGACAUCAUUGGUGGGGCAGCUCAUCUAGCCCAGAAUGGCCUCACCAUUACCCCAGUGAUCCGUUCGGUUGGCACACAUCACGUUCGUUAUCGGAAGCUGGAUUCACCCACCGAUUCCGGAAUUGAAUCCGGCAACGAGAAGCACGACAACAAGCAAAUUAGCAGCGGUUCAUCGUCUUGCUCAAGCCCUCGAUCAUCGCUGGAAGAUCAAUCGGACGACAAGCGACAUAUCGUGGAGAACAUGCCAGUGCUAAAACGAGUCCUGCAGGCGCCACCACUCUACGACACCAACAGCCUGAUGGACGAAGCCUACAAACCUCACAAAAAGUUCCGUGCAAUGCGCCACCGAGAAAGCGAAGCAGAACCUGCUCCUAGCUCAUCGACCUCAUCAUCUUCAAUCACACUAUCAUCAUCACACUCGCCUAAGCCGUCGUCCUCAUCAUCAGCGUCGUCGUCUUCGUCGUUGGCCACCAGCUCAACCUCAUCGUCAUCGCCUUCGGUGGUUUCGUCGCACAGUAGCAGCUCCCCUUCACCUCCCCAGCAGCCACAAUCGCAGCUUCAUAUGCAUUUAACGCGACCACUGCACCAAUCACCACACCAAAGCCUUCACCAUCACCUGCAGCAGCAUCAUCACCACCAUCAGAACCAUCAGCAUCAGCUCCAGCACAGGCAGGAAACACCACCCAUCAGCCAUCAAUCGUCUUCCCUGUCCAGCACGCACUCGGUUCUGGCCAAAUCGCUUAUGGAACAACCCACGAUGACCCCGGAACAGAUGAAGCGUUCCGAUAUCAUCCAGAACUACAUCAUGCGUGAGGCCGUACAACAGCAGCCCCCCUCGAGUCAUCCGGAAUAUCGAAGCGGUCUGCUCGUGUGUAGUCCCCGAUCCUCUUCCGUGUCUCCCCUCACGUCCUCCUCGAGCAGCAGCAGCAGUAGUAGUUCGAGCAGCUCCAGCAGCUCAUCUUCGAGCAACGGAUGCCCCUUUACGGGCGCCAACCGGUGGCAAAGUGGACCAACAAGUGUAAUCACAACAACCCGCCAGCAAACUCCCUCCCCAUCGCUCAAUUCCACCACCAAUGCCGACACCUCCUCGUCGUCCUCCUCAUCCGGCAGCAUUCGCUACUUCCAGUCACCGCACUCAACCUCGAUCUCCCCGCCCGUUCCAACAAUGGUUCCGGCCAGCAGCACCACCCUAGGAUCACCACAAUCCCACACGAGUGCACCCUCCCCAUCACCACGCCUCCUGGAACUGCAGGUAGACAUCGCCGGCCCGGGAUCCUCGUCAUCCUCAGGAACGGAUGCACCCCUAAACCUCUCGAAAAAAUCCCCCUCUCCGUCUCCAGCCCGCUCCACCUCUUCCACUCCCGGUGCCACCACCAUCCACAAGGUGCUAUUGGAAGCGUAAACCCUUCUCUUAAAACGAGACAAUUCAACCCGAACAAGCUGUUAAAGAGGCAGAUCACUAACACAAACUUGAAAAGGAAAAAAACCCACUGUGCGAGCAAAGUAAAAAAAAACACGCAACACGUGUACAAAGUUGAUUGUAAGGAGCAACUAUUAAUCCGUAGAAGCGUCUUUGUAGAGUUUUAUAUCCAGAGACAAAAGAAAAGGAUGGGGAGGAAGGCCAUUUAAGAACGCAGGUCGGCGGGGGAACAAUAACCGGAAAGCCACCAAAUUGGCGGUGUCCAUUGAUAUUUAUGCUGAUGAAACAAACAAACAAAAAAACGAGGAUCUCUAUUUUCCCCCUCUCUUCCAAACUACUAGGAAUGGAAAUGCUACUAAAGAAAAAAAAAACUUACCUAAAAAAAUUCGCGAGGAUAUACUGGCUGGCCAGGAAAGUGAACUUGAGUUUCGACUAAGAAAAGCUGAAGCAAAA